UGUCAAUUGUCAUAAGUAAUAUUUUUUCGUAGAGAAGCAUGCAAUCGGAACUAUAAUCGUGAACUUAUUUUGGAUCAUCGCAGUUAUUAGAAGUUACGUUUUCUAUUGUGUUUUGUCAACAGUUGAUUUUUCAAUUUAGUAUUGUUAAUGCUGGCAUACAAUCAAGUCGAAAUUCGUAAGCGUUGUGUUAAUAUUGAAAUAACGGGACCUGAUCGCCACUGUUGCUUUGGUCAUUAAGAAAAGUUGUUAAUCCAUUUAACCGGCGAAAACCCAGAAACAAGGUAUUGAAAUAUCAGAAUGUCGUCUGAAUGGGAAGUGGUUGUUAAACAAAAGAAACCUCGUAAAAGUGGAGCAGACAAAGCUAAGGGAAAUGCGGCUGGUAAAUCGGAAAUUUAUAAAAUUGAAGAUGCUGACACGAUGGAUCAGAUUCGGUCGUUGUACGCCAAUGUGAAGGACGAUGAGUUGUUCAAUUUCAACCAGCACAACAACAGUGAGAAGAAGAACCUGGCUAACGGGAAGCACGUGGCACAGGAUAGGAAAAAGUCGCCCGCCCGCAACCAGCAACAACAAACUAAAAGCAAACCGAAGCAUGAAUCUGAAAAACAACGUCAGCAUGUAAAGCCAAAAUUCAGGGACGUUGAAGUUGCACUCAAGGCUGUUGUUGUUGCCGAUCUACGCGCCCAUCUGUGGGCCGUGAAUGAAAAUUUCAAAGACAAUCAUCUUUUGAUAUUGAAGGCAAUCACGACUUUUCUGAACGAAAAACUGCGGGUUGAUAAUGUCGAUCCUAUUUUUGCUGACAAAUCACUAUCCUAUCCUUAUAAUGUCAUUCCUCAGGAGCUAAAAGCCCUUAUCGAUGAGUCUAUUGAAAAGGCCGGUUUGCAGAUUUUACAAUUUUUCUACGAUUUAUCGCUUUCGAAUCUGGCUGAAGAUAUGAACAAGAAUCAGCCACACAUGGGUCACACGAUACUGUUGCAAGCAGUCGCACUUCGGAAACCCCAGGUGUGCAUUAACAAUCUAGCUCGCAACGCAAUUCUGCGGAACUCGUUUCAGAAUCGUAGCAACAUUGGGCUUAGUCUGCUGUGGGCGCUUGGACAAGGGGGUUUCCGGGAUCUCAACGUUGGUUUGAAGGUGUGGCAGGAUAUCAUGGUGCCCGUGGCCGAGCUUAAAACCUACAGCAAAUAUGUCUACGAAUAUGUUCACAAAAUUCUUGUUAAACAUAAAACUACCAGGCUAGAAAUUUCGUCCAGCGAUUUUCUCACCAUUCUAAGUUCUCUGUCGACGCAAUCUAAAGCAAGCCGGGACGUCACUAAGAUAUUAGAGGAAGCUUCCAAGCUGCUCGUAGAGCGAUAUGUUUAUAGUGCACCGAAAGUUUCUAGCACUUUUACGACCAUGUUCAAAAACAUCCAGUUCAUUGCGAAGCCAGAACCCAUCUUUUUCGGACUGAUACUGUGCCUAAUUGAAGACCCGGAGUGUUGGACCGCCUGGCGCGGUCUUUAUAAGAAGAACGUGCAACAGACGGUGGCAGUUCUCAAUUACAUAGAUAAUUCAUCAUCGGAUUUCUCAUUGAAGUUAAUAACCGAUAGACUGUUCGAACAAUUUCUAAGUGACAUUCAGACCAUCAAUGCUGAAUUAGGACAAACAAGGAAGAAAGUGGAAGGACUUAAAGCUUCGGUUUCAAUUUUACAGCAAAUGCAGGAAAAAGUCACCUCCAAGAAGAACAAAUCCGCCAAGCCCACCAAAAACCGCUCGUCAGGACCCGUUCUGGUGUGUUGUACCUUCCUGUUGGGCACAUUCCUGCUGUUUGGUCUGACCGGUGGCCUAAUCGGCUUCGACACAUACCGAGCUGGUGGAGUGUUCGAGAAGUCCCACACCGGCCAACUGCUGAAGCAGGCGGGCCUGCUUCCGGCGGUACAGGAUGCGUGGACCUGUACGCUCAAACACAGUGCGCGGGGUUACAAGUGGGCUGAGGAAAAUCUACCCGUCUAUUACCAGAGCACCAGUAAAGUCGUUGGACCAUACGUUGAAUUUUCGAUAGACUUCAGCAAAAUUCUGUGGAAUGGAGCCAAGAAGGGCUUUGGCAAUGUGAAAUUGCUGGUUGAGCAAAAAACGCCUGCAGUAGUGGAUUUUGUGGAACAGUACGCGCCUGGACUGCCGAAGAAAGUAGGGAACUUUGCCUGUUCGACGUGGUCCACAGUCAGCACGUUUUCCGUUAACACGUUCCAUCAGAGCUGUGAAUUCUUCAAAACAAAGGUGUUUAUUGGUCAGUUAUCGCCAGAAAACUUGGGGAAAGCCUUCAACAGUACCCAACAGGCUGCUGCUCAGUACUAUAGCUGGUUCCAUGAUCAGGUUGACUUCUAUGCCAAAAUCAAGUAAAAUGCAGCAUAGCAGCAAGUGCCACCAGCAGUAGACUUCUGUAUAGACUAAGCGUGAAAGCGAGAGUGCGUACGAAUAAUGAAAAAAAAAGCUAACGAAAACAACCAACAAAGUCGGGGAGCACAGAAGAUCACGUAGCGAAAACCGGAGAGACUAGAAUAGCCGCACGAACAACCAGUAUGCAGUAUGUUCCAAAAUCGUAACUAGGAAACAAACAUACAUGUUUCUUAUCGCCAGCUGGUCCACUCAAUUCUUCAAACAAAGAUAUAUGCUGUGCGGUAGCGAAUUGGUAACGCUAUCGAUUGAUGAGGAGCUAAGAAUGAUUAGUAGUAAUUAGAAACUGUUAUGUUCAUUGUGAGUUAAUGGAGUACCAUUUAUUCGGUAAAAGUGGGAAGCGCAAAAGUGAAGUAGGUACUAUGUAAAAACCAGGUGAACUCUGAGGACAGCAAUAUUCUGAUCGAGAUGUGCAUAAUAAUGAUGAUGAUGAUAAAAAUUUGCAUACCGAGUAACAUGCAGUUGCCGACAGCUCUUUAACUUGUGGGUGACGGCAGGUGAAAAAGUAAAAGCUAACGAGCAUUUGAGUAAUUGCUACCGAACAUUGUAUAAGUACAUUUGAUAGACUUUUUUAAAUAAUAUUUUACUAAUUUAAUUUUUUGUUUAAUUACUAAGGCUCCAAUAAUUGUUUGAUGGUGAUAAAAAAUAUAAAAACAAAAAGAAUACUGCA